UCGUCCGCCAGCUUCACGCAUGUCUGGGUUGAUCUGGUCUGUGCUGUACUGCGGGAUGAUUGUCUAUUUCUAAACCAAAAAAAAAUCAAAAUAGUCGCAUUUUACGAGAGCAUUUCACUUUAACGUGUCUAAUCGGUCGGCGGAUCUGAUCUCGGUGAAGAUGAAUGGAGCAGCGUUCCCCUCUCCCACAGCCGAGAUGGCGGAAAUGAACCGGAUCCACUGUGAGCUGGAGUACACAGAGGGCAUCAGUCAGAGAAUGCGUAUUCCUGUGCAGCUGAGAGUGGCUUCGUAUGAGCAUGAAGAGCAGGAUCUUCCAGAGCACAAGACGCUCCACACGGCAAUGAUGCACGUUCCCCAGAGAAUCGUUGUGGCAGGAGACAGUGAUGACAUGCAGUUUCCCAGAGAUCUAGACCUCAUCCAGUCCACCCAACUGGAGUCAACACUGUCCCUCAAGACACCACCUCGGGUCCUGACACUCAACGAAAGGCCCAUCGACUUUCUCGAAAUGGAGCAGCUGAGCUCCGCCAGUCAGCCCAGCGAAGAAGUGCGCACGCAAUUCAGGACACGUAGAGAGCGCUCGGUCAGCGAGAACACAGGUGUGCAUCACAAUGGCCAGCUCGCUAGAAACGACUCCAUGGGCAAGCCAUCUCUUAGAGGGGGUUCAACCCUCUCUAACCCCCAGCAUGACAACAGGCAUGCCUUGGCCACACUGGACUCGACUCUGGAGGGAGGAACAGACGACAUGGCUGUUGUGGACGCCACCUCUCUACGCAGACAGAUUGUCAAGUUGAACCGGCGUUUGCAGCUCUUGGAGGAGGAGAACAAAGAGAGAGUCAAGCGAGAAAUGAUCAUGUAUUCCAUCACUGUAGCUUUCUGGCUUAUCAACAGCUGGGUUUGGUUCCGUCGCUGAAGCUACAUGGACUCUGCAAUGUGGGAGGGGCAAAAUCAAAACUCUGCCCCUCUGUUCUAUGUGUCAAACUUUAGCCGUAUUUUUUUAAUGGCUAAAAUGUUUUAUUUUCUUCACAGUAAGAGCGGUAAAGUCAGAGAUAGCUUUUGUGUUGUUCUUUGGGUUUGUCUGUCUGGUUUAAUUUUAUUAUU